CAUGGAUUCCCUGGUAGAUGGGAACCACACUGCAGUGACAGAGUUCAUUUUAUUGGGCUUAACAAAUGAUCCAGUCCUUCGAGUCAUCCUCUUCAUGGUCAUCCUGUGUAUCUACCUGGUUACCAUAUCUGGCAAUCUCAGUACAAUCAUUCUUAUCAGAGUCUCUUCUCAGCUCCAACAUCCCAUGUACUUUUUUCUGAGCCAUUUAGCUUUUGCUGACAUGGUGUUUUCAUCUUCAGUCACACCCAAUAUGCUUGUUAACUUCCUGGUGGAAAAAAAUAUAAUUUCCUACCUUGGUUGUGCCAUCCAGCUUGAUUCAGUCAUUUUUUUUGGGACGGCUGAGGGUUUCCUUCUGGCUGCCAUGGCAUAUGAUCGCUUUGUUGCCAUCUGCAACCCACUACUGUAUUCAACCAAAAUGUCCACACAAGUCUGUGUCCAGUUACUUGUAGUAGCUUACAUUGGUGGUUUCCUUAAUGCAUCCACCUUUACCCUGUCCUUCAUUUCUUUGUUCUUCUGUGGAUCUAAUAGAAUCAAUCAUUUUUUCUGUGAUUUUUCUCCUUUAGUUGAACUCUCCUGUUCUGAUGUCAGUGUCCCUGAAGUUGUUCCCUCAUUUACUUCUGGCUCCAUUAUUGUGUUCACAGUGAUUGUCAUAGCCAUCUCCUACAUCUACAUUCUUAUCACCAUCCUGAAGAUGCACUCCACUGAUGGCCGCCACAAGGCCUUCUCCACUUGCACCUCCCAUCUCACUGCAGUCACUCUGUUCUAUGGGACCAUUACAUUCAUCUACGUGAUGCCCAAGUCCAGCUACUCCACUGACCAGAACAAGGUGGUGUCUGUGUUCUACACAGUGGUGAUCCCUAUGUUGAACCCCGUCAUCUAUAGUCUCAGGAAUAAUGAGAUUAAGGAGGCUCUGAAGAGACAGCUUGGUAGGAAAAUACUCUCCUAA